AAAGCCAUGGAAAGCGCUCUACCUGCUGCCGGCUUCCUGUACUGGGUGGGCGCGGGCACCAUGGCUUACCUGGCCCUGUGCAUCUCGUGCUCACUCUUGACGGCCCUUCGGGUCUGGGGUUUGGGUCACGAGGCAAGGGUAGGGCCGGGGCUCGGUGAAUGGGCAGUUGUCAAAGGUAGUACUGAUGGAAUUGGAAAAUCAUAUGCAGAACAGUUAGCAAAGUGUGGACUGAAGGUUGUCCUUAUCAGCAGAUCACAGGAUAAACUGAACCAGGUUUCCAGUGAAAUAAGAGAAAAAUUCAAAGUGGAAACAAAGACCAUUACUGUUCACUUCGCAUCAGAAGAUAUUUAUGACAAAAUUAAAACAAACUUGGCAGGUCUUAAGAUUGGUGUUUUAGUAAACAACGUUGGAAUGUCAUAUGAAUAUCCAGAAUACUUCUUGGAUAUUCCUGACUUGGACAAUACCAUCAAGAAACUGAUAAAUGUUAAUGUUCUUUCUGUUUAUAAGAUGACACAGUUAGUGCUGCCUGGCAUGGUAGAAAGGUCAAAAGGGGCGAUUCUGAACAUCUCCUCUGGCAGUGGUAUGUAUCCAGUCCCACUGAUGACCAUGUACUUGGCAACCAAGGCUUUUGUAGAUUUCUUCUCUCAGUACCUCCAUGAAGAAUAUAAGAGAAAGGGCAUCUUUGUGCAGAGUGUCCUGCCAUACUUCGUAGCCACAAAACUGGCUAAAAUCCGAAAGCCAACUUUGGAUAAACCCUUGUCAGAGACAUUUGUGAAAUCUGCAAUUAAAACAGUGGGCAUGCAAUCCCGCACCAAUGGAUACCUGGUCCAUUUCUUAUGGGUGCAGUAUCUUCAAUCCUACCUUCUUGGAUAUAUCUUAAAGUGAGCAUGAUUGUAGGCAAGUCCAUGCAAGCUCGCUAUCUGAAGAAAACCAAGAAGAACUAAGCAUUGAUCACUGCAUAGAGUAACUUGGCCAGA